AUGGAAAAAGAAUGGAUGUCAGCUGAUAGGAUGUCAGUAGAAUAUAUAAAAUGGGUCGAUGAGUUUCUUAAAUUUAGUUUGGAUCAUGCCAAAGAUCCAAACUAUAUUUGUUGUCCUUGUAGUAAGUGUGAAAAUAUGAAAAAGAUGACUGCCACAAUAAUAAAAGAGCACUUAUAUUUCCAUGGGAUAGACAAAAGUUAUAAAAUAUGGUAUUGGCAUGGUGAAGAGCUUCAUGUUACUCCGGACCCUCCUAUGAUGAAUGAAGAUCGGAAUUAUAGGAAAUUGGAUCGUGAGGAUAAUUUAGAUGAAAUGAUUGACGAUGCAUAUUAUGAAUCAGAAGUAGAUCCCGUUAAGUUUGAAAAUCUUCUUAAUGACGUUGAAAAGCCGAUUUACUCUGGUUGCACUAAAUUUUCAAAGUUGUCAGCCCUUCUUAGAUUGUACAAUAUAAAAGCAAAAAAUGGAUGGAGUGAUAAGAGUUUCACGGAAUUGUUAGUUUUUUUUAAAGAUUUACUGCCUGAAGAAAACGAGAUGCCCGUAUCGUUUUACGAGGCUAAGAAAACUAUGUGCUCAAUAGGCUUGCAAUAUGAAAAAAUACAUGCUUGUCCUAAUGAUUGUGUAUUAUAUCGGAAUAGCCUUGUAGAUGCGAAUUCGUGUCCUACUUGUGGUGUGUCCAGAUGGCAAAAGAAAAGGAAUUUAGAGGAAGUUAAGGAAGGAGUACCAGUAAAAAUUUUGUGGUAUAUUCCUCUAAUUCCUCGUUUGAUUCGAUUUUAUCGAAAUGUUGAUCAUGCUAAGAAUUUGACUUGGCAUGCAAAUGAGAGAAUAAAGGACGGUAGACUUAGACAUCCUGCUGACUCACCAGCGUAG